CAAGCCUUUUCACCAUAGCUCAACUUUCAGUUUUCAUGGUUCUCAAUCACCCCUCUCUUCAUUGUUCAGUUUCCCUUUGAAGAUUAAAGUACAAGCCUGAAGACAGGACAUCUCUUGGGUCGGAUCUUUGUGCUGGCUUUGUUUGCUGCUUUGGAGAGCCGUUUUCUCUUCUUCACACUUGCAAAUGACCUCUUAAGUGGUUGGGCAGGACUGUUGGAGUAUUUGGAUGCACUUUCAAAGCCUAGAUGAUGUGCUAACUGUGCAAACAUUACGAGGGGCAAUCCUAUAGGAUGAGAAUCUUACAGAAGCCCAGCAGUCUGAAGAUAAUGGCUAUGGUGAGAUCUUCACUGCAGAAAGUGAUGCUUUUUCUACAGCACAUCCAAAGAAUGUCUGUCACGUCACCACGUUAUCAGAAACUGUGCAAGGACAUUCAGACAGAUGUUGAUACCCAGACUGAUCUUUCUAAAAGGGCUUUGAGAGGUCAGAUCCCAAAUACCAAGGCACAAGAGCUUGAUAAGUUCAAAGAUGUGGACCACAUUCACAUAGCCUCCAGAAGAGAGUGUUUGGAGGCCGGUGCAGAGAAAUGGACCGGGCUAAUAGCCAUCCUUGAAGAGCUUUGGUUCUGGGUGAAGCUGAAAGAUGAGGAGCUGGCACGGCAAAGGCCGGUGGGAGAGGAUGUACAUACUUUACUGCAGCAGCAAGGCUACUGUACGGCCUUGCACAGAGAGUUGAUUGGACAGGAUGUAGACGGCACUCUGAAUCAGGUGUGUCUGUCUCUGGCUGUCCAACCUACAACAAUGGAGGUCCAGAUCAGUACAGAGACGGCUGCAGCAGAGACAGCACAGACAGAGAAGAUUCAUCAGCUGGCUCAAGCGGUUCAGGACCAGGCCUUUGAGGUUCAGCAACACUGGGAGCGGUUCAGUGCUCAGGCCGCCAGCUGGCAGCACCAGGUUGACUGGGCUCUGGGGAAACUUCAGGACCUCCAGAUUGCCAUGAACCAACUGGAGCUCAGCCAUCUCGAGAUAGAGAAUGAAAACUGGCACUCUGAGGAACACAACGUGGUCAACUGUGUGCUGGAGAACGAGGAAAAUAUUGGGACUACGGGUAAUCAGCAACGGCAGUUGCAAUGCUCUCAAACGGAUAGGAGACAUUUGUCCCAUGACUUCUUGUCUGUUUCCGUUCAGUUCCCGUGGCAGAGAGCUGUUUUUCAUAAUGGCGUCCCUUAUUAUAUCAAUCAUGAGCAGCAGACCACCUCGUGGGAUCAUCCAAAGAUGACUCAACUAUUUCAGUCAAUGGCUGAUCUGAGUCAUGUGCGUUUCUCCGCUUACCGCACAGCUAUGAAGAGCCGCAGGCUGCAGAAAGCCCUCUGCUUGGACCUUUUAGAGCUCGGCAGAGCCCAGAGCGUCUUUGAUCAACACAAACUCACGCAUAAUGAGCAGCUACUGGAGAUUCCAGGCAUCGUAAACUGUCUCUGCACAAUCUAUCAUGGACUUCAGCAGGUGCAUCCGGAUCUGGUUAAUGUCCCUCUCUGUGUGGAUCUGUGUCUCAACUGGCUUCUAAAAGUCUAUGACAGUGGAAGGAGCGGAAAAGUUCAAGUGCUGUCUAUUAAGAUCGGCUUGUUUUCGCUUUCAAAAGGACCCAUAAAGGACAAGUACAAAUAUCUGUUCGCUCAGGUGGCCAGCGCUGCAGGGUUCUGUAACCAGAUGCAGCUGGCAUUACUGCUACACAACGGCAUCCGAAUCCCACAUCAGCUCGGGGAGGCGGCUGCGUUCGGAGGGAGUAACAUGGAGCCCAGUGUCCGGAGCUGCUUUCAAUAUGUGGGCCGUGAUGAUGUCAUCGAGCUGCAACAGUUUGUGGACUGGAUGCAUUUGGAGCCGCAGUCCAUGGUGUGGUUGCCUGUGCUUCACAGAGUCGCCGCCGCAGAAACGGCCAAACACCAGGCCAGAUGUAACAUCUGUAAAGAGUGUCCCAUGGUGGGCUUCAGGUAUCGAAGUCUAAAGCAUUUCAACUACAACGUGUGUCAGAUGUGUUUUUUCUCGGGAAAGAUUACCAAGGACCAUCAUCUUAGCUAUCCCAUGGUGGAGUACUGCACCCCUACGACCUCUGGAGAAGACGUGCGUGACUUCACCAAAGUGCUGAAAAACAAGUUCCGCUCAAAGAAGUACUUCACCAAACACCCUCGGCUCGGCUACCUGCCCGUGCAGACCAUCCUCGAGGAAGAGCAUUCGGAGACCCCAGUUGCAUUUCUAAGCAUGUGUCCAGAGGAGUAUGAGUCGACACGGAGAGAUGCAGAAUCUAGUUCCAUCUUCCCUGUGCCAGAAGCUCACCUGUCAACAAGAAAAAUGAGUGAAGAGCGCAUCCACACUCGGGUUCCCGAUGGACCAGCUACAUGUGCUCAUCAGAGCGCGGCCGACACUGAGAUCAUGAUGAACGAGCUGGACUGUUCUCUGCAGUGUGGAGGCGGACAGGUCUGAGGAUGUUUUUCUUGACUCCACAUGAGACUUGGCCUUCAAUCAGAUGAAAUAGUGGAGGCCUGGGAUUUGAAUUUUGAGUUCUUUUUAUAUGAUUUCAUCUCACACCCCACACCAAGAUGACUGUAUGACAGGACUUUCAUCAUCGCUGUCUUCUGCUUCUCAAAAUGAUAAGAGCUGGAGUCGACCGCAGUGCAGAUGCGUUUGUUUAUCCAUGAGCUGUUCGUUAGAGGAUGACCGUACAGAUCAGACCCCACGCCAUUCCCCCCACAGAGACUGCUGUCAUGCUUUACAGCACUGAUAACAAUUUACACAAACAUGACAAUCAGUUCUUAGCAAUGCAAAGUCUGCAUUGUACCAUGUGGAAGGAUUCUAAAAGAUUUUUGCUUGCAUUCAUUAUAUAUAUAUAUAUAUAUA